CUGGAGCGGCCCGCGGUGGGAUUCUUUGGAGAUCAAGCCUUCCCUGCUUGAGGAGGACGCUUGGCGGCGUGCCGCCUGCGCGGGUGCAACCUGGAGAGAUGAAGAAAACCCUGCAGGAUGAGAUUGAAGCUAUCCUUCAGAAAAGGAUUAUGGUGCUAGAUGGUGGCAUGGGGACCAUGAUCCAGCGGCACAAACUAAGUGAAGAAAAUUUCCAAGGUCAAGAGUUUAAAGAUCACACCAGACCCCUGAAAGGCAACAAUGACAUCUUAAGUAUAACUCAGCCUGAUAUUAUUUACCAAAUUCAUAAGGAAUACUUGCUGGCUGGAGCAGAUAUCAUUGAAACAAACACUUUCAGCAGCACUAGUAUCGCCCAGGCGGACUAUGGCCUUGAACACUUGGCCUACCGGAUGAACAAGUCCUCUGCAGAUGUGGCCAGGAAAGCUGCUGAGGAGAUAACUCUGCAGACAGGAGUCAAGAGGUUUGUGGCUGGAGCUCUGGGUCCGACCAAUAAGACACUUUCUGUCUCCCCAUCUGUGGAAAGGCCAGAUUAUAGGAACAUCACAUUUGAUGAGCUUGUUGAAGCGUACCAGGAGCAGGCCAAGGGACUGCUGGAUGGCGGGGUCGACAUCUUACUCAUUGAAACUAUUUUUGAUACAGCCAAUGCCAAAGCAGCCUUGUUUGCACUCCAGAAACUCUUCGAGGAGAAUUAUGCUCCUCCUCGGCCUAUCUUUAUUUCUGGGACCAUUGUUGAUAAAAGUGGACGGACUCUUUCUGGCCAGACGGGAGAGGCCUUUGUCACCAGCGUGUCUCAUUCAGACCCACUGUGCAUUGGAUUAAAUUGUGCUCUGGGUGCAGCUGAAAUGAGGCCUUUCAUUGAAACAAUUGGAAAGUGCACCACAGCCUAUGUCCUCUGUUACCCAAAUGCAGGUCUUCCCAAUACUUUUGGCGACUAUGAUGAGACACCAUCCAUGAUGGCCGCGCACCUGAAGGACUUCGCUGUGGACGGCUUGGUGAACAUAGUUGGUGGAUGCUGUGGUUCAACACCUGAUCACAUCAGGGAAAUUGCAGAAGCUGUGAAAAAUUGCAAGCCAAGAGUUCCCCCUGCUAGUGUUUUUGAAGGACAUAUGUUACUAUCUGGUCUAGAGCCCUUCAGGAUUGGACCAUACACCAACUUUGUUAACAUUGGAGAACGCUGUAAUGUGGCAGGAUCCAGGAAAUUUGCCAAACUCAUCAUGGCAGGAAACUAUGAAGAAGCCCUGAGCAUUGCCAAAGUCCAGGUGGAAAUGGGAGCUCAGGUGCUGGACAUCAACAUGGAUGACGGCAUGCUGGAUGGUCCCAGUGCGAUGACCAGAUUUUGCAACUUCAUUGCUUCUGAGCCUGACAUUGCCAAGGUGCCCCUGUGCAUUGACUCUUCCAAUUUCGCUGUGAUUGAAGCUGGCUUGAAGUGCUGUCAGGGGAAGUGCAUCGUUAACAGCAUCAGUCUGAAGGAGGGGGAGGCGGACUUCCUGGAGAAGGCCAGGAAGAUCAAGAAGUUUGGAGCUGCUGUGGUGGUGAUGGCUUUUGAUGAGGAAGGACAGGCAACAGAAACAGAUGUUAAAGUCAGUGUGUGCACCAGAGCCUACCAUCUACUUGUGGAAAAAGUAGGCUUCAAUCCAAAUGAUAUCAUCUUUGACCCCAAUAUCCUUACCAUUGGUACUGGAAUGGAAGAACAUAACUUGUAUGCUAUCAAUUUUAUUCAUGCAACAAGAGUCAUUAAGGAAACAUUACCAGGAGUCAGAGUAAGUGGAGGUCUUUCCAACUUAUCCUUCUCCUUCCGAGGCAUGGAAGCCAUUCGAGAAGCAAUGCAUGGUGUUUUCCUUUAUCAUGCGAUCAAGUUUGGUAUGGACAUGGGGAUAGUCAAUGCUGGCAACCUCCCUGUGUAUGAUGAUAUCCAUAAGGACCUUCUUCAGCUCUGUGAAGAUCUCAUCUGGAACAAAGACUUGGAGGCUACCGAGAAACUCUUACGAUAUGCCCAGACUCAUGGCCAAGGAGGGAAGAAAGUGAUCCAGACAGAUGAGUGGAGGAGCGGCUCCAUCGAGGAGCGUCUGGAGUAUGCUCUCGUGAAGGGUAUUGAAAAGCACAUUGUUGAAGAUACUGAAGAAGCCAGGUUAAACCAGGAAAAAUAUCCUCGGCCUCUGAAUAUAAUUGAAGGGCCUCUAAUGAAUGGCAUGAAAGUGGUUGGUGACCUUUUUGGAGCUGGAAAAAUGUUUCUGCCUCAGGUUAUAAAGUCAGCUCGUGUCAUGAAGAAGGCUGUUGGCCACCUGAUCCCUUUCAUGGAAAAAGAAAGAGAAGAAGCCAGAGUACUUAAUGGUUCGCUUGAAGAAGAGGACCCAUACCAAGGUACCAUCGUGCUGGCCACUGUCAAAGGGGACGUGCAUGACAUCGGCAAGAACAUCGUCGGCGUGGUGCUGGGCUGUAAUAAUUUCAGAGUUAUUGAUUUAGGAGUCAUGACUCCCUGUGAUAAGAUACUUCAAGCUGCUCUGGACCACAAAGCAGAUAUAAUUGGCUUGUCGGGACUUAUCACUCCAUCCUUGGAUGAAAUGAUUUUUGUUGCCAAGGAAAUGGAGAGGUUGGCGAUAAAGAUUCCAUUGUUGAUAGGAGGAGCAACCACGUCACGAACCCACACAGCAGUUAAAAUAGCACCAAGAUACAGUGCGCCUGUAAUCCACGUCCUAGAUGCAUCUAAGAGUGUGGUGGUGUGUUCUCAGCUGUUAGAUGAAAAUCUGAAAGAUGACUACUUUGAAGAAAUACUGGAAGAGUAUGAAGAUAUUAGACAGGACCACUAUGAGUCUCUCAAAGAGAGAAAAUACUUACCUCUAAGUCAAGCCAGAACACACGGUUUCCACAUUGACUGGCUGUCUGAGCCUCACCCAGUGAAGCCCACGUUUAUUGGGACCCAGGUCUUUGAAGACUACAACCUCCAGAAGCUGGUGGACUACAUUGACUGGAAGCCUUUCUUUGACGUCUGGCAGCUCCGGGGCAAGUACCCGAACCGAGGAUUUCCCAAGAUAUUUAAUGACAAAGCAGUAGGUGAAGAAGCCAGAAAGGUAUACGAUGAUGCUCAGAAUAUGCUGAACAUACUAAUUAGUCAAAAGAAGCUCCGGGCCAGGGGCGUGGUUGGAUUCUGGCCAGCACAGAGUGUCCAGGAUGACAUCCACUUGUAUGCAGAAGGGGCGGUGCCCCAGGCCGCUGAGCCCAUAGCCACCUUUUACGGACUGCGGCAGCAGGCUGAGAAGGACUCUUCCAGCACAGACCCCUACCACUGCCUCUCAGACUUCAUCGCUCCUCUGCAUUCCGGGGUCCGUGACUACUUGGGUCUCUUUGCCGUUGCCUGCUUUGGGGUUGAAGAGCUGAGUAAGGCCUAUGAGGAUGAUGGCGAUGACUACAGCAGCAUCAUGGUGAAGGCACUGGGGGACAGGCUGGCAGAGGCCUUUGCUGAGGAGCUCCAUGAGAGAGUUCGCCGAGAACUGUGGGCUUACUGUGGGAGCGAGCAGCUGGGUGUCACAGACUUGCGCAGACUCCGGUAUGAGGGCAUCCGGCCAGCGCCUGGUUACCCCAGCCAGCCUGACCAUACUGAGAAGCUCACCAUGUGGAGACUGGCCAACAUCGAGCAGGCCACAGGCAUCAGGUUGACAGAAUCCUUGGCAAUGGCCCCUGCUUCAGCAGUAUCAGGCCUAUACUUCUCCAAUGUAAAGUCCAAAUAUUUUGCUGUGGGGAAAAUUUCCAAAGAUCAGAUUGAGGAUUAUGCUUUGAGGAAGAACAUGCCAGUGGCUGAGGUGGAGAAAUGGCUUGGCCCCAUUCUGGGAUAUGAUACAGACUGACUUCUCUCUCACACUCCUUUACUCCUUUCUGUUUUUCUUUUAAACUUUUAUGUUUGCUGACCCCAAGGGGGUAUAAUCCAGUGUGCCUUAGAAAUAGCGACAAAAGAGCCUUUGUGUCUGCCUGCCCCACCCUGCUGUGAGAAGGCCCCACCCUGCUGUGCGAAGGCUGUUGGUAGCAUGUAGUGUAGAGCCUAGGUCUUCUAGGGUCCUGGAGAAUAAGCACUUUUUCAGGGACUGUAAAUGAGAAGCAUCCAGGUACCAAGGCUUAUGGUGUCACUGGGCCCUCAGGAAUGGGACAAGCAGAAGACAUCUGCAUCUCACAGCAGGACACCCAGCUUUCCCCCAUUGUUGCCUUUGACCCAGGAAGGCACUUGUUCCUGGGUUUGUCUUGUCUGUUUUUUGGUUGGUUUUGUUUUGUUUUGUUUGUUCUUAUUGGCUGCCUCAUAUAUUAAAAGAUUCUGAAAAUAAGUUGAAUAGGAGAAUAAAUAGAGAAAUGUAACCCUGGAGCAAAGUAUCACCGUGAGAGCUGGACAGACAGCUAUUUGCCCUGGUGUGGCAGUAGGCAGUCACGUUCUCCAAGCUUUCUUUGUCUGUUGUAGUUUCAUAGUCCCUUGCUCUAAGGCAGGAAAUGGAAGAAAGAAAGUGACUACCAAAGGCAUUUAGCAUCUAGCUGUUCUCAGAAUUGAACAGGUUGUUAGCUGAGCCCUGAUGUCCUCCUGGGCAGAGCUGGACCCAUGGAUGGCUUGAAGCCACUCAACUCUUUGUCUACACUUGACUCCAAAUACUUAUAUUUUAGAUAUACUACAUUGCCUUGUUCUUUGAUAUUUCUGGAGAAAUUGUUCACAGCACAGGCUCUGAAGGCCCGGACUCAAACUGUAACUUUUCUGUGUAGCUCCUGUAUGGCAGAAGCCAAGCUGAGACUUCCCCACACUGUUCAUCUGAAAAAAAACGAGAACAGUCGUGUUAGUCUGUCUCAUUGGGGUGAGGUUUAAACAGGACUAUGUGUGCAUGGAGACGGUUCUGAUAUGCACAGAUAUUUAAUAAGUGGGGGUUCUGUGGAGCUCUUAGUCUUAGCUCUGCGGUACUCACAGGAAGAUUGAGAGGUAGGUUAAGGGAGCAGGGAGAGUAGGGAAGUAUGUAUGGAGUGUGACUGACCUCCUGGGAUUAGAACUCCAACUUAGAGUUUACACCGACAGAGGAAGAGAAGCCACCUCCUCUUCUGUGUCAUACACCAUCAGGACUCAGCUCAUGUGAGGCAGACUCCGUCCUUGCCUUAUAUGUUGUACCAAGCUACUUACAACAAGCACACUUCCCGGUAUAUUUGGAGGCAAAAAGAAGAAAAUGAUAGUUGGGUAAUGAGAAUCCUGCAUGUGUGUAAUCUUUCCAAGUUUAUUUUCAUAGAAGCACACACUUUUUGUAUCAUUGGCCCUUAGAGUGAAAAGAAUUAUCUACUUUUCUUUAAGGCAUCUUGACCUAGGUUAUAAAUGGGACUCACUAGCUGGGGUCUUUUAGUUUCAGGUCAUAUUUCCCUGGCAGGUAUGUUCUUUAGGCAUUGGGACAUUGAUCUGUGAGAAAGACUAACCAUCACAUAGUUUACGGCAUUCCAUUUGGGGAGUUCCUAAGUCUUCUUAUUCCCUUGCCAUUCUUCCAGCUGACUCCCCAAAUACGUCAUUGACCUAAUCCCAUGACAUCUUUUUCAUCUUCUUCCUCCUAGUCCUCCUCCUCCUUCUCCUCUCUUCUUGAAUCUUCCUUCUUCUUGCGUGUUUAGGUAUAUAGGAUACUCGCUAAGAAAUAAAGAAGAAAACCUGAAAGCA